UUGUGCGGGCGGACCACGCCCCGGCCCCGGCGUGCGGUGCGGCGGUGCACCACCAGGCUAGCUUAGCACACCGCCGCUACAUCCGGGCGCUCUGCUUCGGUGUACAAACCCUGCGAAGAUGGCGACUUCAGGGAGGAGUGCGUUAUUAUCCUCCACCUCAGCUGGACCCAAGAACACACUGGAGAACUCCACUGCAGAGGAGGAGGACGGACAGGACUUAUGGUCCACCAUCCUUAGUGAAGUGUCAACCCAUUCAAGAUCAAAGCUACCGUCGGGGAAAAAUGUCCUGGUCAUGGGUGAGGUGGGCUCGGGGAAGACCACCUUGGUGGCAAAACUACAGGGUGUUGAAGAAUACAUGAAGGGACGUGGCCUGGAAUACCUCUACUUUAAUGUCCAUGAUGACGACAUUGAUGACCACACCAGGUGUAACGCCUGGGUGUUAGAUGGAGACCUCUACCACAAAGGUCUGCAGGGAGUAGCCGUCCCAGUGGACUCGAUCGGUGACACGUUGCUACUGAUAACGCUGGACAUGUCAAGACCUUGGAACGCGUUGGACUCUCUCCAGAAGUGGGCUGCCGUCGCUAGGGAACACAUCGACAAACUCCGAGUUGCCCCGGAAACGCUGCGGGAGCUGGAGCACAGACUUGUAAAACAGUUCCAGGAGUACACAGAGCCGGGCAGUGGGGAAGAUGGGACUCCACAGAGGAGGAAUGAAGAUGAGGAGAGUGUGCUGCUGCCGUUAGGAGACAACACACUAACACAUAACUUGGGAAUACCAGUGGUGGUGGUCUGCACUAAGUGCGACGCCAUCAGCACGUUGGAGAAGGAGCAUGACUACAGAGACGAACACCUCGACUUCAUCCAGUCUCACAUCAGACGUUUCUGUCUGCAGUAUGGUGCAUCUCUGGUUUACACAUCAGUGAAGGAGAUGAAAAACCUGGACAUCCUGUACAAAUACCUGGUCCACAGACUCUACGGUUUUCCCUUCCACUGCAUGGCGCAAGUAGUGGAAAGAGACGCUGUCUUCAUUCCAUCAGGCUGGGAUAAUGAGAAAAAGAUCGCCAUACUUCACGAGAACUUCCAGACGGUAAAAGCCGAAGACAGCUUUGAGGACGUAAUAGUCAAACCGCCCGUCAGAAAGAUUGUACAUGAAAAGGAGAUUCAGGCAGAAGAUGACCAGGUGUUUCUGGUAAAACUGCAGUCGUUGCUCGCCAAACAGCCCGCUGUGACAGCAGGGCGACCAGUGGACACCACCAGCAGAGCACCCACCGGUUCACCCAGGACGAGUAACCGCUCUGCAGCGGCCAACGUAGCGAAUGCAAUGCCACAGUCAGGUCAGACCAGCGAGGGUGUGUUGGCCAACUUCUUUAACAGUCUAUUGACAAAGAAAGCAGGAACAGGAGGUCCUGGGACGCCAGGCGGAGGCAACAACACUCCAGGAACAGUACGCAAGUCAGGUUCUAAGUUGGGCCUGGGCGAUGUACAAGCAGAGCUGGACCGCAUAUCUAGUCGGGAGAGCGACUCGGACUUGCCCAAUGCCAACGAGACCCCCGCCACCGAUGGCCAGGACACAUGAAGACCAUCGCACUUCACCCUGCUCUCCUUCUCUCCUCCCCCACUCCCCCUGCCUUCCUCCUCAGUGGUCUCCCCCCUCUCUCCCUCAUCCUUCCUUCCUCCACUCGAUGCGGGGAGAAAGAGGGAUGUUGGGGAGAAGGAGGGGUGGAUGCACAGAUUUGCCUCCCCUGUCAUCUUUCACUUUCAGAAGAACACGCCCCCUUUUUCUCCUACACCUUUUUCUCCUUUUACUUCCCCUUCUCUCUUCUCUUCCUGGCUGUUACGCUGAGGGCGAGUAUUUGUCACUGUUACAUACAAGACUGUCUGUUACAUGGAGUAAACGGAUUUGGGGGACCAAUGGGGGAGAGGGGGUUGUAGAGAGAUGAGAGGAAGGGUUGAAGAAGAGUGGUUGAAUGAAUGAAAGCGUGGGUGUGUUAUCCAUCCAUUUCUUGUGAUGGUGCGGUUAGAGUUUUUACUGUAGGAACAGCUGAAGGACGCAUGUGGAAGAGUCUGUACUUAGGUACUGUAGGGAUGAGUGUGUGACUGUGUGUUUCAUGUAUGUGGGGAAGGUCACGCUUGGCCAGAGGAAGAGAUUGAGAACAAAAAAAAUGCCUGAAACACAACUGCGAACAGUCUUGUUUUUUAAAAAUGAAGGGAAAAACAUACCAGUAUUUGUGUGUGUGUGUGAUUGUGCGUGUGAGUGAGAGAGAGUGAUUAUUAAGUUAAACCAACCUAGACCUGUAUGUCGAGAGAUUUUUGGCUGUUGGCAUUUCAACCAAAAGGCGAAACAUUACUAUGCUCUUACACUACAAGCUCUUAAAACGGUGCAUACUCUAUUAUAACAGCAGCACUGUCUGCUAGACUACACAAACCAAACCUGAAGAGAAGAAAAUAUCGCACUCCAGCACUAAGUCCUGUGUACAAGACACUUCAUGACACUCAGUUCUACAAUUGGCCAAAACUUGUCCUGGUGGUACAUACUACUCCAGCCUGUAGAUAACAGACAGUGCACUGAAAAAAGGGAGGGGAGGGGGGGUAGAGGGUGUGUAGGUGGGUAGCUGAGCUUUACUUGUACAGAAAGAAGCACUAGUGAUUCAGUUGAAUAGUUACUGCGGGCAGGUUGGUGGGUGGUCAGAACAAGGGAGGGUCACACCAAGAAUGUACAGUCAUCGUCUCGCUGAUUGGUCCUGUUAUUUCAGAGUUCUGUGUUGGCGUUUGUAUAAUCAGAUCUGUUAAUCAGUCAAAUAAAAGUUGUAUUUAUUCGGGUUCA